GUCAGGGGCAGUAAUGCGCAACUGCCGAAAACACGACGAGUAUGAUGAUGAAGAAGAAGAAACAGGAAACGGGAGACAUCCGAUGGUGACACAUCUAAGGUUCUAUGCUCCAGCUCAGGACCGCAGAAGAAGAACACAGUUGUGAGAUCUCCCAGCUCCGACAAGCAGUGUUACAAAACAAUGACAGACUCCUCGAUGAGAUGCUGUGCCAGGAAAUCUACAAGAAGGUCAUCAACUACAGAGGCGGCUGGGGCAUCGCAGGCACGUCGCUACACGCCGCCGUGUCCAGGGGCCACCUCAGUUGCCUCCAGGUCCUGCUGACCCACGGCGCCCUGGUGGACUGUGUGGAUGUGAAGGCUCAGACGCCUCUUUUCGCCGCAGUUCGUGGAAAGUACCUGGACUGUGUUUUAGCGCUCCUCAGGGCUGGCGCCGACCCGAACGGCAACUCCUCUAACAACUGCUCCCCCAUCCUCACUGCCGCUCGGGAGGGCGACGUAGAGAUACUACAGGAACUGCUCAAACAUGGUGCUGAGGUCAACUCGCGCUCCAAAGUCCUGCUCUGGACCUCAAGCGCCAGGGUGUCGAGCGGCCCGCUCUACCUGGCCGCCGUUUACGGACACAUGGAGUGCUUCAAACUGCUGCUCCUCUACGGGGCCGACCCGGAUUACAACUGCGCCGACCCCAGACUGCUGAGUUCCAUCAAGCAGCCCAAAACCGUGCUGGAGAUGUGUCUGAGGCACGGCUGCGAUGUGGCGUACAUCCAACUUCUCAUUGACUUCGGAGCCAACGUCUACCUCCCCACGCUCAUCAUCGAGAAGUCCACCAAGCAGAAUGAAGCCGUGGAACUGCUGCUGCAGGAGAGAGGAAAUCCAAAGGCCUUGACGUCACAGUGCAGGCUGGCUGUGCGAAAAUACCUCAAAAAGAUCAACAAGAUCCACAGUAUCGAACAGCUGGAGAUGCCAACAAGUGUCAUUAACUUCUUGCAGUACAAGCCUCCGCAAGUCACGGUUCUAUAAAUACAUGUUGAAUCAUGUAGUUUGCAGCAAACUAACACAAAAAUCACCACGUCUUCAAGUUUUUCUUUUGAAAUUGACCAUCUGCUGAGUCUGUGUAAUGUAAAAAAAUAUGUUGCAUUAAAUGUUUAUGUGUGGCUAAGUACUGGCUACUUUGUUCAUUAAGUGGGUCAAAUUAGACAAAAGUAGAGGAUAGUGUGACUGCUCGGAUAAAACAAAAAUGUUUGUCUCUUGUUUUUUUUUAAACAUGCCUGUCAAGAAAACACAGAUGGUGUUAAUUCAACGAUUUAUUGGUAUUGCUUUGAAUACUGUCGGAAUAACAUGUUAGCAUGAUAUCCAUCCAUUGGGUCACGGGGGCAGCAGCCUAAGCACAAAAGCCCAGACUUCCCUGUCCCCAGCUACUUCGUUUAGCUCUUUUUGGGGGAUCCCUUCAGGGAGACAGUCUCUCCACCGCGAGCAUGCUAACCUGCUGCAUGCCGUUUUAUCUGCUAAAUUGGUUUUGAGUGGUGUUCAAAAAAACCCAUUCAUAUAAAAUCACAAUUUGUAUAUAAUUGAUUCAUAUAUGUACAGUUGCAAGAAAAAGUAUUACUUGGAUUUCUGCAUAAAUUGGAUAUUAAAUGUGUUCAGAUCUUCAUCUAUGUCACAACAAUAUACAAACACAGUCUGCUUGAACUAAAACUGCACAACAAAAAUGUGUUUUCGUUUUUUAUUGAACACAUGUAAACAUUCACAGUGCAGGGUGGAAAAAGUAUGUAAACCCUUGGAUUUAAUAAGUGGUUGAGCCUCUUAUGGCAGCAAUUACCUCAACUUCACUGUUCACUAUAAUCGCAGAUCAGCCCUGCACAACGGUCUGGAAGACUUUUGGACCAUUCCUCUUUAAAAGUAAAAACAUUUUUUCAGUUCAGCAAUAUUCUAGGGAUGUCUGGUGUGAAUCGCUCUCCUGAGGUCAUGCCACAGCAUCUCAAUCGGGUUGAGGUCAGGAAACUAUUUUCUAUUAUUUAAGCCGUUCUGUUGUUGAUUGAUUUUUAUGGGUCAUUGUCCUGUUGCAUCACCCAUCCUGUCUUGGGCUUCAGGUACAGGUGCUCCUACGUUUUCCUGUAAUAUAUUUUGAUACAACUUUUCCGUGGAUGACAGCAAUCCGUCCAGACCCUGAGACAGCAAAGCAGCCCCAAACCAUGAUGCACCCUUCACCAUAUUUCACCAGGUUCUGAUGUUGGUGUGCUGUGCCUUUUCUCCAUACACAGCGUUGUGGGUUCCUCCCAAACAACUCAAUUUUGGUUUCAUUUGUCCACAGAAUAUUUUGCCAGUAGUGCUGUUUUGCAAACGUCAAACGUGCAGCAAUAUUUUCCUUUGACGGUGGCUUCCUCUGUAGUCCCCCCAUGAACUCCAUUAUUACUCAAUGUUUUCCUUAUUGUUGGUUGGUCAACAAAAAUUUUAGCAUGUGCCAGAGAUUUUUGUAGGUCUUUAGUUGACACUCUUGGAUUAUUUUUCACUUCAUAGAGCAUUCUGCGCUGUGCUUUAGCGGCCAUCUUUACAGGUCGACCACGCCUCGGGAGAGGAGCAACAGUGCUGAACUUUAUCCAUUUGUAGACAAUCGGUCUUACUGUAGACGCAUGGACAUCAAGGAUUUUAGAGACACUUUUGAAACCUUUUCUAGCUUCAUGUAAGUCAACGAUUUUUGUGCAAGGCAGCUGUUCACAUCAGGCAAUGCUUCUUGAGUCAGCGAACUCAAAACUGGUGUGUUUUUAUAGGGCAGGGCAGCUUGAACU